AUGAACCCAAUUUUGGGCUUUCCAAUAGUCGACGACUCGACCCGAGCUUCUGCAGCACCCGGCCGCAAAAGAGACGUGCAAAUUCCAGCUGUCGUCGGCAACUCCCAAGCCCACGAAAGGGGUGCGGGCACAGAUGAAAGGGUCUUCACGAUGCUCCAGCCUCUCGCGGAUUGCAUGCAGGCGCUCGAGACGUCGAAGAUGCAGGUCGACGAAAAAGAGCGGCUGCGAGGAGCGAUCAAUACGAGUUUCUACGCAUCGGACCUUGGUCGCGGCAUGGGCGGCGCUCUAACACAUGGGAUGGACUUGGCUACGACGCGCCUCGACCAGCACGCGGACGAGCUCGUGGCGCAGUUAAGGAGAUCGCUCUUCGAACCGUUCGGGCCGCAACGAGGCGGCAGAUAG